UACAGAAAAAAAAAAAAAAAAAACCCAUUUCCCAAUUCUCUGUUCUUAUGAAACAGAGUUAAGAAACAACAAAUCCAACAGAGUUUAGAAGCCAAACAAGAUUUGAAGCUCUUCCAACUUUCUAGGAAAUGUCUGAUCCUCAGAACGACGCCGUUCUUGCUUACCAGACCAAUAAUGUCCACCAUCAGCUUCCCCUUCUCACAGUUACUCUCAAGUUUGAAGAACUCGUUUACAAAGUGAAAUUACAAGGGAAAGGCGGCGGCUGCUUUGGCGGCGGCGGCGGUUCGUUGGAAGCUACUAGAGAAAAAACCAUUCUCAAUGGCCUUAGUGGCGUUGUCUUACCCGGCGAAAUCCUUGCCAUGCUUGGCCCUUCCGGCAGCGGUAAAACUACCCUUUUGACGGCUCUUGGCGGCCGUUUAUCCGGGAAACUCUCCGGUAAAAUCACUUACAACGGCCAGCCAUUUUCCGGCGCCACCAAGCGCCGGACUGGGUUUGUUGCCCAAGAUGACGUUUUGUACCCUCAUUUAACCGUCGCUGAAACCCUUCUCUUCACUGCCCUUCUCCGCCUCCCUUCCUCCCUGACCGCCGACGACAAAGCCCAAGCCGUUGAGCGAGUCAUCUCCGAGUUGGGUCUGACUCGGUGUCGCAAUAGUAUGAUCGGUGGCCCACUUUUCCGGGGAAUCUCCGGCGGAGAGAAGAAAAGAGUUAGUAUUGGUCAAGAGAUGCUGAUUAACCCGAGCUUGCUGUUGCUGGAUGAGCCUACCUCCGGCUUGGACUCGACCACUGCCAUGAGAAUUCUUACCACCAUUAAACGGUUAGCGAGUGGCGGUCGGACCGUCGUGACGACGAUUCACCAACCGUCGAGCCGCCUCUACCACAUGUUUGAUAAGGUUAUUUUGCUGUCGGAAGGCAGCCCUAUCUACUAUGGCUCAGCUUCAUCUGCCAUGGAUUACUUCUCCUCCAUUGGAUUCUCAACUUCCAUUACAAUCAAUCCAGCUGAUCUCCUUCUUGAUCUUGCAAAUGGAAUAGCCCCUGAUUCAAAGUAUGCAAAUGAAGGAGGAGAGAACAUAGAAGAAGAACAAAAGGGAGUGAAGGAAGCACUAAUUUCAGCUUAUGACAAGAACAUUUCCUCCACUUUGAAGGCUGAGCUUUGCAGUUUGGAUGCCAAUAGCUUCACCAACUAUGCAAAAGAUGCCUCAAAGAGAGAAAGGAGAUGCACAGAGGAGUGGUGCACCAGCUGGUGGUAUCAAUUCAGAGUGCUGUUGCAGAGAGGGCUGAAGGAGAGACGAUAUGACGCCUUCAAUCGGCUGAGGAUUUUUCAAGUCAUUAGCGUUGCUUUUCUUGGUGGACUCCUUUGGUGGCACACUCCAUCCUCUCACAUUGAAGAUCGCAUAGCGUUGCUGUUCUUCUUCUCAGUAUUUUGGGGGUUCUACCCACUCUACAACGCAGUGUUCACAUUCCCACAAGAGCGCAGCAUGCUAAUAAAGGAGCGCUCAUCCGGCAUGUACCGUCUCUCCUCCUACUUUCUAGCGCGCACAGUGGGCGACCUCCCAUUAGAGCUGGCCCUCCCCACAGCCUUCGUAUUCAUAAUCUACUUCAUGGGAGGCCUCAACCCCCACCCACCCACCUUCCUCCUCUCCCUCCUCAUCGUCCUCUACAGCGUCCUCGUCUCCCAAAGCCUCGGCUUGGCCUUCGGCGCCAUCCUCAUGGACGUCAAGCAAGCCACCACUCUCGCCUCCGUCACCACCCUCGUCUUCCUCAUCGCCGGCGGCUACUACAUCCAACAAAUCCCCCCCUUCAUCCUCUGGAUGAAGUACCUCAGCUACAGCUACUACUGCUACAAGCUGCUCUUGGGCGUGCAGUAUCAAAACGACGACGUUUACGAGUGUCGGAAUGGGGAGCUUUGUCGGGUGGCGGAUUUCCCGGCCGUUAAAUCUGUCGGGUUGGAUGGGCUGUGGGUUUGUGUCUGUAUUAUGGCGCUCAUGUUGGUGGGUUACCGCUUGAUUGCGUAUUUGGCUCUUCAUAGGGUCAGAUUGAGAUGAAAAUCUUAGGGUUUUUUUUCUUUUUUUGGUAAAAUUAUAUGUUUUUGU